AUGGUCGCCCACACGAGGGAUGAAAUCGCGCCCUCCCCUGAAAUGGCAGCCAACUCGACCGCACCGAAUGGAGAGAUCCCGCUCGAACAGCCGCCGAAAUUAAAGGGCCGGCAUCGACUACUGCAGAGCCUCCAGCGCAUGUCGUCCAGCCCGACGUUGACCCGCCGCGGACGAUCUGCAUCCACCGGUUAUCGCCGGGACCACAAGGCUUCCUUAUCGUGUGUCUCGUUAUCAUCCUCCGCAUACUCGCCAUGCCUAGGAAAUGGCAACUCCGAGUCUUCUCAGCCUCAGUCUUAUCAUGCUUUCAGCCCCCGACCGGCGACUCCAGGCCUCGCGGGGUCAUCGGGGGAAUCGCUUGACAUCAACAAUCUCAAUCGGAUCGUCGGGAUCGAGUCGCCCAAUGUUUCCCAGCCUAGAACGAUUCCUUUGCCAGUCGACGUUCGACCGGCCUCCCCGAAGGAGCCACCAUGCAGUCUGACUCCCGAUGUCGUCAAGGUUGAGUCGGUCGGAGGACUUCAGGAGUCACAGCUCGGAUCGAAAUCAACAUCCCAGCUCGUAUCUAAAUCAAGAUCUCGGUCCGAAUCGAAGUUAAAGCCGCAGCUGAAUUUCUGGGAUGCGAUGCCGCAGGAAAUCCAGCUGGAGGUCUUUAGUUACCUCAAGCCCUGCGAGCUCGUGCGUUGCUCUGCUGUCUCAAAGACGUGGAACGAGAUGUGUUACGAUGGCCAACUGUGGGCCAAGAUUGAUACGGCAGAUUACUAUCAGAAAAUUCCUGGUAGCGAUCUAGUCAAUUUAAUCACCUCAGGUGGACCCUACCUCCGGGAUCUCAACAUUCGGGGCUGUGUACAGAUGCAGACUCAAUGGGCGUCGGCUCACGGUGAGCGCAUUGCCAAACUCUGCCAGAAUGUAGUUAAGCUCUCACUCGAGGGCUGUCGCAUAUCGCAGCGCCCCCUGCACAACUUCCUUCGCAACAACUCUCGCCUUGAGUAUAUCAAUCUCUCCGGGCUGAAGAGUGCCGACAACGAUACGCUGAAAGCCAUUUCGGAGUCCUGCCCUCAGCUUGAAAUUCUGAACGUCUCGUUCUGUACCAAUGUCGCUCACAAGGGAUUAACCUACGUCGUUGGGGCCUGUAAACGACUGAAGGAUCUCCGUGCCAGCGAGACCGGAUAUUUUAAUGAUCAACUGAUGAAAGUAAUGCACAAGCGCAACAACCUGGAGCGACUCAUUUUCAGCAACAAAUACAUGUUCGACUGGAGCUUGGAGAUGCUGAUGCAUGGAAAGAAUCCCAAGAUCGACCUGCUCAGCAACCGUCCGAUCGCUCCCCCUCGUCGUUUACGACACCUGGACCUCCACCAAUGCAAGGCGCUGACGGAUAAGGGGCUGAGAUACCUCGCAUACAACGUUCCCAACUUGGAAGGCCUGCAGGUCUCCCAAUGUGCCAAGCUGACGGAUUCCGCCAUCAUCGAUGUUAUUCGCACAACGCCUAAACUAUCCCACCUGGAACUGGAGGACCUCGGCAAACUUACGAACGAGGUUCUUACCGAGCUUGCCCAGGCACCAUGCAGCCAGUCCCUCGAACACCUGAACAUCAGCUUCUGCGAAAGCCUCGGCGAUACGGGCAUGCUUGCCUUGAUGAAGAACUGCCCAAAGCUGCGCUCCGUGGAAAUGGACAACACCAAAGUCUCCGAUUUGACCCUCAUGGAGGCGAGUUUCCAGCUCCGCAAACGCGGAUACGGCAGUGAACUUCCCAAGGUCGGAUUGCGGCUAGUCGUCUUCGACUGCGCCAACGUAACCUGGGCGGGUGUUAGGGAAGUCCUGUCCAGCAAUGCACGCAUUCCUCGCUCCCGAAAACCUGUUCAGCCCAUUGCAACGGUCACUCAAGUCUCCGAAGACGGCUCGUCUCCAACGACAAGCGCCUUUGUCACGCCGAACUCAACACCCCCGCCGCCUCUUCCCACCUAUCCCAACGAGAUCAUCCAACUCAAGUGUUUCUAUGGCUGGCAGCAGACCGUCAAUGAGCAUACGAAGCGCGUUCUGCGCGGAGACCUCCAAUCAGCUAGUCGGAUUGACCGCAAAUGGGCCGACUACAUGAUGAUCCACGAAGAAGCGGGGAUUGCAGGCGCAGGCGCUCGACGACGGAGACGUCGAGCUCGCGAAGCAGAGGAGCUAUUCCAGUUCUAUGGCUAUGAUGAGGACUCUGAGAGUGAAGUCUACCAUCCUCGGGGAGGUCGUCGCCGCGCCCAGAGCGGUGGGUGCACGGUGAUGUAG